AUGGUGCGGUGUCCGACGGAACCCGGCGAGGACCUGACGGCGGCAGCAGCCCGGGGGAGCACGACCGAGGUGCGGAGGAUCCUGGAGGAGAGCGGGGUGCAUCCCGACACUGUCAACGAGUUCGGCCGGACCGCGCUGCAGGUGAUGAUGAUGGGGAACACCAAAAUCGCCUGUUUGCUGUUGGAAAAAGGAGCAGAACCCAACGUCCAGGACAGACACGGGAUAGCGCCCGUCCACGACGCAGCUCGCACGGGCUUCCUGGACACUGUGCUGGCUCUGGUGGAGCACGGUGCUUCGGUAAACAUCCCGGACCAGAGCGGCACCUUGCCUAUUCACAUUGCCAUCCGGCAAGGCCACCGGGAUGUUGUGGAGUUCUUGGCACCACGGUCCGACCUGAGGCACGCCAACUUAAGCGGGCAGACUGCGAUAGACGUGGCCCGAGCUUCCGGCGAGCCCGAUAUGAUUGACCUAGUUUUCGCUCAUAUACAUCGUUAGGCAGUCUGUGGUGCCGGGUCCCCUCCGGGUCACCAUAACCUCACGUUUUGUUUUUGCUUCAAACCUGGUGACUUGAAUUCAUUGCUGUGUAAAGGAUUAAUGUUUUGUUCAUAGUGGUUCAGCAUUAAUAUGUGACACAGGACAUAUUGUCUUGGCAGCUUAUUUUCAGUUGACGGGUGGCUACAUACAGUAGACACCUCUUUUGCACAGUGCAGUUUAGGCACCUUAUAUCUCUGUUUUUCCCUAUUAACUGGGAGUGCACAUCUGUAGUUGGUUUUCCCUCAGUGUUUUGUUGUUAUUACAUUAUUUCCAUUGUGUAAGAAUUGUAACAGUUGAUACCAUUUAUUUGUUUUUUUAAUUUAACAAACUUGACAUGGUGCACCCUGAUUGCUUUGCAUAGUUGUGUCUCUU